AUGGCGCAGCGGCAGCAGCAGGAUACUAAGGCGAUCCCCGUGCGUUCCAUUGACGGCCUCACCACGACCGUACGCCUGGCCGCCGCCUGCUCCGUCGACGACCUCAAGGCCGCCCUCCGGGCCUCCAACUUCCCUCCCCCGGCCGGCGCCCCCACGUUCCACCUCUUCCUCAAGGGCGCCAAGCUCCUCCCGCAGGCCAAGGUCGGCAACCUCCCCAUCUACGCCGGAGAUUUCGUCUCCCUCAUCCCCUUCACCGCCAAGCUCACCACGCCCGCUCCGUUCGGCCGCCACGCUUUCUCUCCCUCGCCGUCGCCGUGGGCGGCGGCCGGCACAAGGAGGAAGCUUCCAGGUUCAUGGAGUGGCGGCGGCGACGAUGACGUGUACGCGCCGAUUAAGGUGGCGAGGCCGUCCUCUUCCUCGUGCAGCAACCAUUGCGGCGGCACGGAGCCGCUGGACCCGGCGCAGAUGGUGGAGCACCUCCGGCGAGGGCUCGGGAAGCACGGCCAGAUCGCGCACGUCGAGCGCAUGCCCGGCAGCGAGGCCUCCUUCGCCGACGACGGCCUACUGCACCACCUCACCGACGCAAUGAGGAGCUGCCUCCGGAGCACCGGCGUGACGAGGCUGUACGCGCACCAGGCGCAGGCCGUGCGCGCCGCCGUCGCCGGCAAGCACGUCGUGGUGUCCACCUCCACGUCCAGCGGCAAGUCGCUCUGCUACAACGUCCCCGUGCUGGAGUCCGUCGUGUCCUCGCCGGUGGCCUGCGCGCUCUACGUGUUCCCGACCAAGGCCCUGGCGCAGGACCAGCUCAAGGCGCUGCUGCAGAUGAAGGCCGCGCUCCUCCUCGCCGGCGCCGGCGACUUCGGCGUGGAGAUAUACGACGGCGACACGCCGGUGCAGGACCGCGCGAGGAUCAGGCAGCAAGCGAGGGUGCUCAUCACCAACCCGGACAUGCUGCACGCAUCCAUCCUCCCCUGCCACGGCCAGUUCCGGCGCAUCCUCUCCGGCCUCGCCCACGUCGUCGUCGACGAGGCGCACACGUACCGCGGCGCGUUCGGCUGCCACGCCGCGCUCGUGCUGCGGCGCCUCCGGCGCCUCUGCGCCGACGUCUACGGCCGCCGCCCCGCCUUCGUGUUCUGCACCGCCACGCUGGCCAACCCGGGCGAGCACGUCAUGGAGCUCGCCGGGGUGGACGAGGUGGAGCUGGUGGACCAGGACGCCAGCCCGCGCGGCGUCAAGCACUUCGUCCUCUGGAACUCCUCGUCGGCGUCGAAGUCGCCGGUGACGGAGGUGUCCCGGCUGCUGGCUGAGAUGGUGCAGCACGGGCUGCGGUGCAUCGCCUUCUGCAAGACGAGGAAGCUGUGCGAGCAGGUGCUGGCGGCGGCGCGCGAGAUACUCGAAGAGGCUGUACCGGCGGCGCCGGAGCAGGCGAGCUCCGUGUGCGUGUACCGUGGCGGCUACAUGGCGAGCGACCGGCGGAAGAUCGAGGCGGACCUGUUCAGCGGGCGGCUCCGCGGCGUGGCGGCGACGAACGCGCUGGAGCUGGGCAUCGACGUCGGCCACGUCGACGCCACGCUCCACCUCGGCUUCCCAGGCAGCAUUGCCAGCCUCUGGCAGCAGGCCGGCAGGUCGGGCCGGCGAUCCAAGGACUCCAUCGCCGUCUACGUCGCCUUUGACGGCGCCGUGGACCAGUACUUCAUGAACUACCCCGACAAGCUCUUCGGCAAGCCGAUCGAGCGGUGCCACGUAGACGCGCAGAAGCAGAAGGUCCUUCGGCAGCACCUCGUCGUCGUCCAUGAGACGCGCAAGCGCGAUGACGACCGCGUCGUCGUCCCCGACAGGAUCUUGCUGUAUGACAAGCACCCCGGCGGCAUCGGGCUGGCGGCGCAGGCGAGGACGCUCUUCGGGGACCUCCUUGCGGCCGCCCUGGAGCUCGUGUUGGCGUGCGGCUGCGGUAACUCUGACGGGUGCCCGAACUGCGUGCAGUCAUUCGCGUGCCGUCACACUAACAAGAAUCUGGACAAGGAGGCUGCCGUGGCGCUGCUCAAGGGUCUCAUUGAGUGGCAUUCUGAACUGAAGCCUAAUUGA